AUGACUUGCUCACUGCGCUGUCACAGACCACCCACAUGGAGCGCGCUUUCACCAUGUGCCUUGAUAACACAACAGCCGGGCGGCAAAAUGUACUUAGGUAAGCCGCCACAGCAAAUGAUCCCUGCAGGAGCCAAGAAAUUCCCACUAGUCAACUUGGACAACAGUGAAGAAUACUUGUAUGCGGUGUUCGUUGAGGACUCUAACGACACUGGUCCGGUGACUUUCAGCUUCGGCUCGGAGGUCGUGGGAACUCAAAGUCCACAUACGUGGUAUGAAAACUCGGGGUACAGCAGUUUCAUCGACUCGGGCACUCACGGCCUGCAACUUCCGGAGGAUAUCUUCAAUAAGAUCCUCCAUCAUGUCUACGACCGCAUUCGCCACCACGACCAUUCGUGCAAGGAGCUGUGGGGCGACGAGAAUUUGACAACCUUGAAAGAUUCCCCCUGGAAAUUGGCCGUGAGUGGAUCUCAGGUCAAGUGUGCAAUGGAUCAUGUGCAUGACUUGGCAAUCAACGUAAGUGGGACCGACAUUGUCGUCUCCAAGUCCAGCUUCUUCUACGAGUGGCAGCCGUGCUCGGACCUGUACAUGCUCUCGUGGUACUGCUCGUAUUCAGGGGGUACAGGGGUGGUCUUCGGCACCGCUUUCUUCUGGGGCAAAAACCUCCUCUUCGACACUUCGGACCUGAGCAGCCCGUAUCUCUACGACCUCGGCCCUGCGGAGGGCUGUCAGAAGGACUUCGGCCAGAUUCCAGGGAACGCCAUAACUUUGACAGGUGCUCCUGGUCAAGCGCUUGGCCGUGACGGUACCAUUGCCGCCGUGGUGAAAGUGGGCACACCGCCCCAGGAGCUGACGGUGCAGUUGGACACUGGCUCGUCGAUGUUCUUUGUGGCUAACAAGGAGUGCCGAAAGAUCAAUAACUGCUUCUAUGUUACCUUCUUUAACAUCUCUGAAACGAAUCUCAAGGUUCUCACUGUCUCUCAGGAAGAUUUUCAGAAAAAAAGAAAAGGUUGCCAGGAGCAAGGACUCAUCGUGCAGCACGCGAUGAUGCGCCAGUCGCUGGUACAUUGUGAGGACCGUAGUGGAGAAACUCUCCUCACGUGCAAUUGCACCUCCUCGCAGGCUUGCCUUCAUGCUGCGGUGGAAGCUAUACAGAUGCACGUGACUCCGGGCCAAGUUUGCGGCAUCACCAGAAAGGCUUGUGGAGAACCAGUUGAUUUCUUGCCAAGCCUGUCCAGCAGCUUCCAGCCGUUGCAAGCUCCCAGCUACAAGUUUGUGCAUCCUCCGCAAGAUCAGCAGUUGCAGGUGACGUGCCAGCAUGAGUGCCCGUAA